AUGUCUUCUCAGCGUUCAAUUCCAACUGAGGACAGAAUCAGCACCCUGCCAGACUCUGUUAUCAGCCACAUCCUCUCAUUUCUCCCUACCAAACAAUCCGCUGCCACAAGUAUCCUCUCCAAGAGAUGGAAUCCACUGUGGCUCACCCUUCUCGCUCUUGACUUCGACGAACAAAACUUUGCAAACUUCGGAACUUUUCGACAUUUUGUGUACUCAGUCAUGCUCUUGAGAAACAUCACGCUGCCCAUCCGAUCAUUCCGACUCAAAUGUGGUAACACUUCUGACUUCAACCCACACGAUGUCAAUAGAUUUAUUGAAGCUGUUGUGCAACGUGGAAUUCAGAAUCUCAAUCUUGAAAUGUUGUGUUAUCGUUCGGGCUUUAAGUUACCACAAUGUGUUUUAACUUGUAAUAGCCUCACUGUUCUUAAGUUGAAGCGCCUAACGAUACAACAUUUUUCCAAAGUCAAUUUUCCCUUACUCAAAACUCUUCAUCUAAAUCGUAUCCGUUUCUUCUCAUUACAUCCAAGUUUUCUUAAGAGAUUCCUAUGUGGGUGUCCCGUUUUAGAGGAUCUUCAUAUACAAUAUGUAUUGCUGUUAGAUUAUGAAUGUGGAGAGUUUAACGGCUUACUCAAAUUGGUCAAAGCAAAUAUUAUUAACUCAACAUAUUCGAAUUGGAACUUUCUGUUUUCUUGGGUUCGUAACGCAAAGUUUCUAUGUAAUCGCCCUUAUGGCUGUCAAGUCCCCGCCUUUCUUAAUUUAACCAACCUGAAGAUUAUAUUUGGAUCGACUACAAAUGAUUGGCUUGGGAAGUGGAAGUGGAUGACAGAAGUGCUCGAGAAUUGUCCUAAGCUUCAGAAUCUCACCAUUCAUGAGGAUUCUAGUGGUAGACAUGAAAUUGGCAAUGACGAUUGGGUGGACCCAUCAAUUGUUCCCAAAUGCCUUUCAUCGGAGCUUAGAACAUGUUCGCUUAUAGGUUAUGAAGGCAUGAAGUGCGAGUUUCAGUUUGUAGAGUACAUUUUGAAGAAUGCAAAAGCAUUGCACACCAUGAAAAUUAGUGCAUCAGAUGUGGAUUUAAGCAUAAAGCACCAAAUGCUGAUGAAACUAUCUUUGUGUCCUAGGGGCUCUACUACGUGUAAACUUUCAUUUGUUUGA